AUGUGUAAAUACGCAUUGAUAAAUAAAUGUGAUAGAGGAGAAAAUUGUACAUUUGCUCAUGAUAUAAGUGAAUUAAGAAUUAAACCUGAUAUGAGAAAAACAAAAUUAUGUAAAAGUUAUAUAUUAGGAAAAUGUAUUGAUAAAAAUUGCAUAUAUGCUCAUUCUGUUAAUGAAUUAAGAGAAGUUGGGAAACCAGCUAUUUGCCAAUUACAUAGAGAAGGUCGUUGUAUUAAAGGAAAUCAAUGUAGAUUUGCUCACUCUAUAAAUGAUAUAAAUACAAAAUUAGUCCAAUUUUAUUGUAAUGAUGAAAAUAGCAAUGAAGAAGAAAGCAGUAUAUCAAAUUUAAAUAAUUGUUUAAAUUUAAUAAACAAUGAGAAAUCAUCAAUGUUGGAUAAAAUGAAAAGUUAUGUUGAUAUAAGAAAUGAAAAUGGAGAAAUCAUACAAACAUUAAACAAAAAAAAAAAUGAAAUGUGGAAUUUAAAUAAAAAUAUUAAUGAUGAUAGUUCUAAUUCUUCUAUUCUUUCAAACAAUUUGUACAAUGUUACUACAAAUAAUAAAAAAAAUAUGAUAAAAAAUCUGAAUAGAACAAAUUUAAUUAGGCAAACAUCCUGCAAUAAUUUUUUAAAUGAUAAUCUAAAUACUUUAUACAUAAAAGAAAAAAAAGAAGAAAAUUAUUUGAAAAAUAGAACUUUAAAAAAUACCAAAUUGUGUGCAAUAACUAUCAACAAGGAUCAAUCUUACGAUUAUGAUAGUAUGUUACUAGAUAAAAAUGAUAAUAAAAAUUACAUACCAACUCAAAAUAUUAAUAAAUUAAAUAAUAUUGAAAAUCCUUUUAAUGAAAAUAAUUCAAAUGAAUCUUUUAAUCGAAAUAUAUCCUCUUUAAAUUUACAAUCUUUAUUAUCUUUUAAUUCUCCUCAUCAUAUAGAAAAUACCAAUUCUAACGAUAAUUUAAAUAAUAUUAAUAUUAUAAAUGAUAAUUUAAGUUAUGAAUUAAUGAGAAAAUUAGAUAAUGUGGAAACAAAUUUAAAAAACCAUAUUGCAAAAUCUAAUAAAAAUAAUAUUUGUUCUAUCAAUUUUUCAAAUAGAGAUAAUGAAUGUGUAAUGAAUAAUAUAGAAAACAAUUUAAAUAGUUACAACUCUUGUAGUAGAAAUCAAAAAAGUAUUAAUAAAUUUAAUGAAAUAAUUGAAAAUUCAAAUAAUUUAAUUAAUAAAAGCAAUGAAUAUAUCUUAAAUCAUUAUAUAUCUAAGGAUAAAAGUUUAAAGAAUGAUAACAAUUUAAGUAGGAAUAACAUACUUUUAUCAAUAGAACAUAAUAAUGAUAUACAAAAUAAAAGUAAAAAAAAUGAAAGUUCUCAUUUAAUUUAUAAUGAUUAUAAUAUGAACAAGAAAAUUGAUCAUUUGGAUAAUGAACAUAAUUAUGUAAAUUCAUUAUAUAAGAUGAAUAAAGAUAAAAUUAUUUUAAAUUAUUACAAUAUCGAUGAAACUUUAAAAUAUUUUGGAGAAUAUUUAUUUAAAAAUGAUGGUGACAAUAAAAACAUAAGUUAUUCUGAAAAUAAAAAUUCCAAUUUUCUAAAUGACACAAAUAGCAUAAGUAUCAUAAAAAAAAUUAUCAAUGAAAAUGAGAACGAAAAUGAAAACUUAGAUAAUAAGAGUACUAAUUCAAAUAAAAAUAAAAGAGAAAAUAAUAAAAGCAUAAACUACUGUGAAAAUAUGGUUUUAAAUGAUAAUAACUUUGAUAUGAAAACACUACUACCAAAACUAAUAAAUAUUAGUGAAUAUUUAAAUGAAAACAUAAAUAUUAAAAAGUCUUUUAAUGACAAAAAUAAAUUUACAGAUGAUGUAAAUAAUACUAGUAUAGAAAAUAUUAAUGUUCAAAAUAAAAAAAAAGAAACUUGCGAAAAUAUAGUAAAACAAAAUUUUAAUGAAAUUAGCUCUCUUAAAAAUAUGAAUGAUGAAAAUAUAAUUAAUAUAAUAGAAAAUGAUGAAGAAGUAGUUGUAAAGAAAAAUAUUUUACAAAAUAAAUUAAAUGAAGAAAAUAAAAAUGAAGGAAUAAAUGAUACCGAUAAAGAACAAAAGGAGAAUUCUGAUGAUCUAAAGAAAAAUAUAGAAGAAACAAAUAAAGAAGAAGAAAAAGACAAACAAAAAGAAAAAAUACUAGAAAAAAGAGGAGAUAAACAAGAACAAGAAAAAAAUGAUAUAGAUAUUGAUAUAGAAGAAAAUAUUAAUAAUUUAAAUAAUAUGAAUACCGAAAAAAUUUUUAAUUAUACUAAAUUUGAAGAUGGUAUACUUAAUGAUUCAUCUAAAUUAGAAAAUAAAAAAAAAAAUAAUAUUUUUAAUUAUAAUAUUUUAAAAAAUAAUAUUUAUAAAGAAAAAUCAAAGAAUUUUUUAAAAUAUAGUAACAUGAUUGGAAUAUCUUUAAAAAAUUUUGAAGAAACUUAUGUUGAAAAACUAAAUGAAUGUAAAAAUUGUUCAUUUAAUAAUAAUAAUAAUAAUAAUAUUAAUAAUGAUAAUAAUAUUAAUAAUAUUAAUAAUAAUAAUAAUAUUAAUAAUAAUAAUAAUGAUAUUAACAAUAAUAAUAAUAUUAAUAAUAAUAAUAUUAAUAAUGAUAAUAAUAAUAUUAAUAAUAAUAAUAAUAUUAAUAAUUCAAAUGAAUUUUUUAAGUAUAUUGGCAAUUUAAAAAUGAAUACAAAUAAUAUAACUUCAAAAAAAAAAGAUGAUUUUAUAAAUAAAAAUGAAAAUAACAUAAAUAUUAGUAGUGACAGAUGUUCCAAUACAUAUGAUGAUAACAAUCAGAUUAAUAAUUAUAAUUUUACAGAUAAUAAUAAAAAAAAUGUAAAUAAUAAUGUAGAAGAACAAAAAAGGAAUAAUAGAAACAUAAAUAAUAACAUUAAUGAAUUAUAUACGAAUGAAAAUAAUGACAAUAAUAGCAAUUAUAUAAAUUUAUACAAUAGAAAAAAUAAUAUCAAUUUUUCUACUACUAAUAAUAUUACUAGUAAUAACAGUAAGAAUAAUUUUCUUAUGAGUAAUAAUGAUAAUGAUUUAAAAGAUGGAAGUUAUAUUGACAUGAAUAAAAAGUUUUUAAAUUAUGAACAAAAAGUUAAUUUAAGUUAUGAUGAAAAUGAAAAGAGAGAACAUUAUGAUAAUUUUAAUGAAGGAGAAGAACAAAUUAACCCUCAGAAUUUAAGCAAAAAGUGUAUGACACUUUCAAAUAUGAAUAAAGAAAAUUCAUGUAAUUUACUUUUUGAAGAUAGUAGUAAUAACUGUUAUAUUACAGAUAUAUUGAACAAAAAAAAAUUGGAAAAUAAAAAUUUUCUUGAUAUCAAAAGAAAUAAUAACGUUAUUAAUGUUAAUGAUGUUAUAGAAGUUAUAAAAAACUGCAAAAAAAAUAUAAAUGAUAAUUUAACGAGGAAAAUUUUCAAUUUAUCAACACAAGAUAUAAAUACAAAUAAUAGUAUUUUAAUAAAUCUAUUACAAGAAUCAAUUAAUAAUAAUAAGGAAAAAUUAAAUGUUUAUAACAAUGAAGAUGAAAUAGAUACGAGAAAUAGAAUGUUAGAUAUUAUAAAAAAUAGAAGUAAUAUAAAAAAUGAUGAUUUUAAUAAUAGCAAUUCUAUUAAUAAUAGUUGUAAUACUAAUACUACUACUAAUACUACUAAUAGUACUAUUACUACUACUACUACUACUAAUAAUAAUAAUAAUAAUAAUAAUGACAAUGAUAAAAAUAAUAGAAAUGAGAGCAUUAGUGAAAAUAUUAAGAGUGGUAAUAGUGAUAAUAGUUAUAAUAAUAAAAUGAACGAACAACAAAUAAAUGGUUUUCUUAAUCCUAAUAAUGAAGAAAAGAUACUCUCAAAUAACAUGAAUUGCAAAUUAUAUGAAGAAAAAAACAAUUUAAAAGAUUGCCAAUUAAUAAAAAAUAGAGGAGAUAAUAUUAUAAGCAAUUAUAAAUUUCCUAAAUUAAAUUCUUUAAUAAAAAAUAAAUUAAUUAAUAAUACAAAUUAUAUUGAUAAAAACAUAUUUAAAAAAAAUUCAUUUAAUAAUUUUGGUUAUUUAAAUGAAAACUUUAAUUUAAAUAGAGAAGCAAAUAUCCAUUCAUUAAAUGAGGAGAAUAACUAUAUACAUUUUAAGGAUAAAGUAAAUUUAGAAGAAGAUCAAAACAAAGAAAAAAAAUCUUUUGUUGAUGAAAAUCAGUUAAAUAGAGCAAAAUUUAGAAUUAUAGAUAAUAAUCAUCCCACUUGUAUAAAAGAAAAUGAACCAAAAAUAUAUGAUUUUAAUUUAAAAAAUUUAUCAAUGGAUUACAUAGAAAUGAAUAAUGAAAAUAAUUAUCUAAAUAGUUCUGGUACAAAAAUCCUAAAUACAUUUAGAAUUAAUGCUGACACUAGUAUAUCUAAUAAUAACAACAUUACUAAUGAAAAAAAUAAUAAUAAUAUUAAUAACAAUAAUAUGUUGAAUAAUGUACAUAAUUAUACGGAUAAUACAUUUAACAAUAAUAAAUUAUAUGAAAAGAAUUAUGUAAAUGAUGAUAAUUUUGAUAACAUAGACACUAUUAUCAAUAUUGAUGUAAUUGAUAAUUUAGAUCAAGUAAAUACUUCAAGUAACAAAACAAGAAUUUUUAAUAACAAUAAUUCAAAAUUAAAUUUUUUAAAAAAUGACUUAUUUUUAAGUAGCAAUAAUAAUUUUAAUAAAAAUACAUUGAAUUUUUUUGAUUCAAUGAAAAAUGAUUAUAAUUUUUUUGAAACUUCUACAAAUAAUGUAUCAUCAUUUUUUAAUUAUGAUAUACCUAAAAGAGCUGAGAGUGAUUUUAAUAACUUAAUGGAUAAUAAUAUGUCUUCUAAUUAUGCUUUUAAUAAUAAUUCAUGUUUUUAUAAUAUUCAUUUUGAAAAUAAAUCCUUUAUUAAUGAUGAAAGUGACUGUAUGAAAUAUUCUAAUGAUAUUAAUUUUAAUUUUUUAAAUAAAAAUGAAUAA